AUGUCGCUCGAAGAAAUCAGAGUAAAGAAAGAGGAAAUAAGUGUUAAGAAGGAGCCAGAUUGGGACGCCCAAAUACUUAUGGACUGCAAAAAGGAGUCGCUCGAAGACGAGAGUGCGAGAGCGUUCGUCGAAUUAUAUGCCGAGCACCUGGUGAAAAAUGAGCUUGUGCUCGGUCCGGAGUUGUUUCAACGGUCUGACAGUGCCUACGCAGCCCAAAAUGUCCGUGACCUGUCUCUGUUGAAAACUUGCAAGCAGGAGCCAGGCUUGGAGUCUCAAUGCAACCAGAUGCAAUCAGAACCACAGCUGCAAGACUGUUUCAUAAGACUUGAGCGAAUCCCAACCUCAAAAAUUAAGCUCGCCAGACACAAGCAAGCUAAUUCAAAACAAGACAGUAAAUCAAGAUUAAAAUGCAACCAAAACAAACCUACAAUUAGUAAAACUUAUAAUUGCAAGACUUGUGGAGAAGAUUUCUCAGUUAAAAGGUUAUUAACCCAACAUUUGCGACUACACUCCAAACCUCAUAAGUGCGAAGUAUGUAAUUUGACAUUUGCGGACGAAACGCAUUUACGAAGGCAUUCAUUGUUACAUAUUGUUGAAAAGAAAAGCAAAACUUGCAGUAAUUGUAAUGAACAAUUUGCAUCGAGAUCAGCAUUGAUCAAACACAUUCGGAAACAUUUGGAAGAAACAACUUGCCAAAUAUGUAACAAGAAGUUUUCAAGCACAUAUUCCCUGGAUGUACAUAAUGGUUCACGAGAAAAAAAGUUCUCAUGUGAUACACAAAUCAACGUUAACGUGUCAUAUGAGAACACACACAGAUAUGUCAAUGUGAAAAGCACUAUUGUCCUGCCUUUCGCGGUCGGUUCCAGAGGCGAAGAUACCACGGAGCGGAGAAGAGACGUGGUGUAA